CCUGAAACCAUGGAUCAAUUACAUAUUCUUUGAGGCAGCUUUAUAUGUAUUUUUCUGGAUGUCCUGCUACUAUCCUAAAAAUUGAAUGUAUUAUAAAACAGACCUAUGGUACUUCUGCAAGGAUUGUGGUAGAAUCACUCCUGCUCAGGCUGAUGGUGGCAGAGUCUGCACAGAACUAUGUUUCGAGGUUUUCUAGGAAAAACCUUUCGACUUCUUGGCUAUACAAUUCAGUAUGGCUGUAUAGCUCAUUGUACUUUUGAAUACGUUGGUGGUGUUGUUAUGUGUUCUGGACCAUCAAUGGAGCCUACAAUUCAAAAUUCAGACAUUGUCUUUGCAGAAAAUCUUAGUCGACAUUUUUAUGGCAUUCACAGAGGUGACAUUGUGAUUGCAAAAAGCCCAAGUGACCCAAGAUCAAAUAUUUGUAAAAGAGUGAUUGGUUUGGAAGGAGACAAAAUCCUCACCACUAGUCCAUCAGAUUUCUUUAAAAGCCAUAGUUAUGUCCCAACAGGUCAUGUUUGGUUAGAAGGUGAUAAUCUACAGAAUUCUACAGAUUCCAGAUACUAUGGACCUAUUCCAUAUGGACUGAUAAGAGGACGGAUCUUUUUCAAGAUUUGGCCUCUAAGCGAUUUUGGAUUUCUACGUGACAGCCCUAAUGGCCACAGAUUUUCUAAGAAUUAGAAGCAUUUGUUCUUUGCCUUCAUGUUGUGUCCUCUUCCAGUGAAUUUGUUAUUGCCAUUGAAACCAUGUACUUACCAAUAAACUAUUUACUGUUUUAUUU